AUGAACUCGACUCGAAACCUUUUCGAAAACCAAGGUCACCUGGGACCUAAUAACAAUGAACUAUCAUGCAAUACCUUAUCAUUUGAACCACAGAAAAAUCUAGCCUGUCGUGCCAGAUCAUCUCAAAGUGCGCAAAUAUUAUCCUAUGUCAAAAAAUGGGCCGAAAGUGAUGAUAAUUAUGACUCAUCCCAAAGUUCUAUUAACUACUUUUCGUCGAAUGAAAAGACUUCGCAUCUCCUCGAUGAUCAGUGCAUCAUCUCGGAAUGCGGAAAUAUUGCCGGCAAAUCAAUAAAUUCACCUAAUUGUAACCUAAAUACUACUAAAUUCGGCACUGACUCGCACCCUGCAACCGGACGAAAAGGAUUACCGAUGUUUAUUCGAGAAAAUGAUGACGAUAAUUCAUUAUCAUCAAACUUUACUUCAAAUUUUAGUGAAACAUCAUUAAAUAAUCACAUUGGUGAUUCGAAUCUUCGUGAUGAAAAAUCAAAUUCAAUUUUACGUGGUUGCUUUUCUAAAAUUAAUGAAGAUGAUGAUUCAAAAAGAUCUAUUGAUCUACUUGUAAAUAAGAUUAGUCAUGAGAACAUUAACAAUGGCAAUCAUGAAAAUAAUCAAAUAACGAUCCAACCAAACCCACGGGACGAAAUGAGGCAGAGACUCCGUGAAAUUCAACAGAGGAUGAUUGCAAAAGCUCGGUUCAGGUCCAGUUGUUCCAUGGAAGGAAAAGGCAUUAAGACAAUCCCAGCAGAGUGGUGUGAAAGCUUUGAGGGAUCAAUGUUGUAUAGCCAUAAACCAAGUCCCGAUAAAUCAGAUAAAUCGAGCAACGCAAGAAAAUCAUCAACAAGAUCUCAAUCAGGUGUAGUCGGUGGUAAGACAAUCUCCAAGAUGGAAGAGGUAAUAUUAGGUGAUCGAUGUUUCUUGUGUCCUGGAUGUGGCAAUGCUUAUAAAGCUCAAAGUAACCUGUCAUUUCAUAAAAGCCGUUGCGAAAUGAUCAAGCAUUGCUCGGAUAAAUUCACCAGAAAGAGAUUAACGCGCGAUGACAUGGUAGAUUGUUUCUGUGGAACUGAUGACGAUGGUGGCAAUAUGGUACAAUGUGACCAUUGUCGUGGUUGGUUACAUUUGGAAUGUCUUGGCUUGGGCGGUGAGGAUCUGGAUGAUGAGUACUAUUGCCCUCGAUGUGUAAGCUCAUACGAUCCUACUCAACCGGAGGAUAAAAAAGGAAAAAAGAUAGUGAACUUUGGGAGUAGAAAAGAGCAUCAAGAUGAAAUCAAAGAAGUUAUAGAGCUAAUAAGAAAGAAAAGGAGAGAAAUGCGUUCAGUGAUCCGCAAGAAUAAAAGGAAGUCAAUGGAAGAGGAAGAAAAUCCGUAUAAACAUAAAGAGCCACCGGUGAUUCAUCCAGGAAAUUGGUUGAAUAAAAUUGAACGAGUCUCGACGAAUAAAUCGUCAUCAUUCAAGGAAUCUAACUUCUUCAAUAAGUAUCGCGAAUUUUUCAUGACGGAUAAAGAUGAUAUAUCCGAACAAGAAACUCUUAAUCAAUCAGUUAAUAGCAAUGAUUCACAUACGAAAAACAACCGUAAUACCGAUAAGAAGAAAGCGUUCCAUUCAUACCAUCAUAGCAUCAAUAAUUCCUCUUUGAUAACGAAAAGCAAAGAAUCUGAAUUGGAGCAUGUUAAAUACGAUGACGACACGGAAUCCGAACAGGAUUUCAUGAACAAUUUUAUUUAUAAAGCCGAAAAUCCUCGAAAUUUCAAUGCAAUAAACGAAGAAGCCGAUAAUCACUGGGAGUCCGAAUUUGAAGAAAUAAAUGAGCAUAUCCAAACAAAUAAUUUUUAUGCACCAGUUCUUCAUCAACAAGCUUCCUUUAAUAGUGAAUUAAAUUUGGUUCAAGCCGAGAGACAUUCACCAGUGACUAUAUUGCCGCUUAAUCAAACAGAAGGCAAAAAGCAUAAGAAUCAAAUGUCUUUGAGAAUAGAGACGCCUCCAUCCAAGAUCAGAAAACUCGACAACAAUAUUAACAAUAAUGAAACAACCAUCAAAAUUGAUCCUUGGGUCAAUGAAAACCGACUUCUCCACGCUGAUAAUUUAAUGAUUCCGAUUAUUCCCCAAGAUUCAUCUUCACAAUUAAUUUGGGAUCAUCAAGACAUAUCACCAAUUUCUGAGGCCUCAUUUAAUCUCAAUGACAUCAAUCUAUAUUCGCCAUUGGAAUCACCGCCGUCUUUGUUCUUUGGCGAUGAGAAUAUCACAAGUCCAGAAGGUAGCGCAUUCACGGUAACCACCCCGAGAACAACAACUCAGCACCCUGAAAUAAUGUUUACCCAAUAUUUCGAAUUGGAUAAUUGUUUCGAUGAUACCCCAAAGGGUAUUACAGAAUUAAAUAAAAGUUCGGCCAAUUCUGAUGAGUUGACGACAUGGGAUACAACUGAUGGUGAACCUCCAAAACAAGCACCUGCAAGAUGGACCGGACUUCCUGCUUGGCAUCCCCCUAUUAAAGAGUUUAACCUAGAAAAAGAUGAAGCAUUCACAAUAUUCGCUGUGGUAACACUGGGCAUCUCCUCGUAUUAUAGUCUUCGAUGGACGUCACCCACUUCCAGUUACUCGCUAUCAAAACCGACAACCAUUCUCACAAAUUCAUACUUUUACAAAGGUGGUGCCGCAUUUCCAACCACACUUUUUGAUCAACUUAUCGCCUAUUAUAUAUUCGGCACAUUUGUUGCCGCGGUUGUAGUCUUAAUUUUUGAAGUGGGAAAGAUAUGGUCGAUAUUUGGAUCAUUGCAUAAUAUGUUUGAGAUUGCGAUUAUGCUUGUAUUACAUGGUGGUGGAAAAGUGAAGAGUAAUCUUGGAUAUUUUGGAUCUAUGGCCUUUUAUGUGGUUUUAACAAAUAUUUUAAGUGUACUCUUGGAUUGGCCAUAUGAUGGAAUAUGGUUUAAAUUUCAAGGACUUUGCUCUGACUGGGCACUUGUUAUACAAUUUACGCGUCUCUAUUACGUGACAAAAAAAAAUCUCAGAGACAAUGCACUUCCAACAACUCUCCCUACUGAAGAACAAGAAGAGAUACUUUUACCCUCUUCAGUUGAAUUAAAUACCGACGAGGAUUAUCGUUUCUAUCCAAAUAUCGUUGAUCACCCACGCCCAUUAAUUUUAUUGAUUAUUGCAUCUUUCAUUCAUCUUGUUGGGAACCUUGCAAAUUCAAUCUGGGUUGACGAUCGUUAUUCGUGA